CUGCUGGACUAUUCCAAUCCCUGUCGGAGAGAAAACACGGGGACCGGCAGUCCUCUCUUUUCUCCCUCCCCGUUUACCUCAUUGUGCUUUCUUUUAUUUCACCCUCCUAUCUUUGCUUCUCUUUUGAUCUUUUCCUAAGUCGAUAACUUUUCCUUCACCCGGUGUGGCUUUCUGUUCAGUUUCACGGUUUUUAUAAGCUCUGGCUUUAUAGCUGUAUUUAUUUAUUUAUUUAUGUUCUUUUUUAUUAGAAAAUUUAUACAUUUUUAUUUUAGAUGUUCCUCAAAUGAGAAGACGCAAAAUAUGGAGUUGCACAUUUUAGAACAUACCUUGAAAGUAGCGAGUAUAGCAAAGGAGGGCAUUCAGAUUUGCACUCACGGAUUAAUCAAACUCGCCUUCUUGCCCUCCAAAACAAGAUGCAAGUUUUUCAGUUUGACUGAAACACCGGAGGACUAUACCAUUAUCGUUGAUGAGGAAGGCUUCAAAGAACUGCCAGAGUCGGAGCACCUUAGUGUUGCAGAGGCAACGUGGUUAGCGCUCAACGUGGUGUCGGGGGGUGGGAGCGCCACCAACUCUCAACCAAUCGGAGUCACCAAAAUAGCCAAGUCUGUCAUCGCCCCCCUGGCAGACCACAACAUCUCAGUGUUUAUGCUGUCUACCUAUCAGACAGACUUCAUUCUGGUUCGAGAGCUGGACCUUCCCAUGGUCAUGCACACCCUGUCUUCUGAGUUCACCCUUCUGAGGGUGGUCAAUGGAGAGACCGUGGCGGCCAACAGCCUAGGAGUCUCCAAUGGCUUUGUCAAGCCUAAACUCGUGCCCCGUCCCAUCAUCCACCCUCUGUCCAGCCCCAGUAACAUGUUCUGUGUAACCAGUCUGGACCCAGACACACUGCCCUCAGUGGCCACUCUGCUUAUGGAUGUCAUGUUCUACUCGGGGGGCAUAAAGGAGCCUGGGGCAUCUAGUGAGGACUCUGGGCACAUCCGCUUCUUCUCCUUUUCUCUGAUUGAGGGCUACAUCUCUCUGGUCAUGGACGAGCAGACUACACAACGGUUUCCCAACAAUGUUCUAUUCACUAGUGCCUCAGGGGAGCUUUGGAAAAUGGUUCGCAUUGGAGGACAGCCUUUAGGAUUUGAUGAAUGCGGUAUCGUGGCUCAAAUAUCAGAACCCCUGGCGACUGCUGACAUUCCAGCUUAUUACAUCAGUACCUUCAAGUUUGACCAUGCCCUGGUACCAGAAGAAAACAUUCAAAGUGUGAUUGGAGCUUUGAGGACCAAUGAGAGUGCAGGACAGUGAAGAGCGGGUGGGAAGAGUUGUGGAAAGAGCGAGUCCUGUGCCCCAACGCCCACAUGUUGAUUUAUCACGACAAACUUCACACAAAAAAAAAGUGCCAAGAGCGUACCAGCAGACUGCUGUGGGGGGUGGUUCUGGAAACGCAAAGCCUGGGUGGUUUCGGUUUGGAGACGGGGGAGGGUGGGGUGUGUGUGUGUGUUUGUGUGUGUGUGUGGCAGUGCUUUUGUUCAGCAACAUGCUGCUCCUAUUCUGAAAUUUUGCCAACUAUGCUCCUAACUCCAGUCCUUGACCAUCCUCUCUUACCCCACAAAAAAAAUCCCCCUCUUUGGCUCCAAAGCUUGAGUGACUGCAGUGUUUUUAUUUUUUUUGCUCUCCUUUCUUCCUCCUAUCCCUCCCCCUCAUACCAUUUUACCAUGGCAACGGCGCUUACUAAGUUUGGGCCAUUUCCUUCGACACCAGCCCAAGAUGCUGCAAAACAGCGAUCAGCACCUUUUCCAUGUGACACACGCCUACACUGAUGCUUGAGUACACCAAACAUCCCUUCCUAACCUUAUAUUGUUUCUCACAAGCUGCUCCUUCCAUAACAACCGCACUGUAUUAGUUACCAUUCCUCUUCUUACAGAGAAAGUACUCUCCUCUUAUUACCAAUCUUUCCUUUAUUGUUUUUAGUGCCAAGAUGUUUUAAAGGCCUAUACAAAUGCCUUGUCUAAUGCUCAGUGUGUGUGUGCACUUGACAGUGAUAUUUCUGACCUGGGGGCGGUGGUAACUGGUUUUGCUCUGACAAGUUAUUACAUUUGCCUGAUUAAACUAUCAUGUUAUGGAAACUCAAAGUAAUCCAUUUUGGGAUGGAGUUCUCUAUGAAAGGCAAUUUAGCGGAGGACUACUGAAUGGACUGCAGGUACUGGGAGGACACGUAUGUCACCGGUCAUCGACUCUGGUGACCUGUAAAGCAGAUCAGAUGUAUCAUGUUUGUCAGAUGGAAAGUGUAAAGAAAGGUGAAUGGUGCUUUGUGUUCGGGUGAUGAGCAUUAAAUUACAUUCACUGACUAAUCACUGAGCCACUGGUCAAUAGGACUUCAUAUGAACAAGAGUCUAGUUUGCUAUGUAUAAGCCCGUUUUCAUGUAGUUUUGGACGUUUCGGAACUAGAUUGUAGUUUUGUGUUCAGUGCCAUGCCCUGCUUGACUCUGAACUAGUUCUUUACCACAAACUGGUACAAUAACUUUAAUGCUAGGAAAGCUAGCUUGUAGGAAAAGUGAUGGCCUUGUUCACACUGGCAGCUGGAAGUGACUAAAAUGCAUUUCAUAUCAGAUCAAUUUCAAAUACUUCAAAUCACUUAAAUUGGCAAGCUGAAUUGUUAGUUUUUGCUGAUGUGGUAACCCAAAAAGGUUGGCUGAGGGUUUAAGUAUACUUACACAGUGACUUAACAUUUAGAGUAACUGGGAAACUUUGUUCGCAUGCAUUAUCACCUUAGCUUGGUACAUAACUGCAGCACCUCCCUAAUCAGCCCACACCACUGCACCCACAUUCCUGUAUUAACUACUGGGGUUUGAACACACACACACCUGUGUUAACUUGUGGGGUCUAAACACACACACACACACACACACCCGUGUUAACUUGUGGGGUCUAAACACACACCCCUGUAUUAACUUGUGGGGUCUAAACACACACACACCCCCGUAUUAACUUCUGGGGUCUGAACACACACACCCCCGUAUUAACUUCUGGGGUCUGAACACACACACACCCGUAUUAACUUCUGGGGUCUGAACACACACACACACCCGUAUUAACUUCUGGGGUCUGAACACAAACAUCUGAUUUGACACUUGAAGUGUGGACAGUCAGUAUAAAAAUAAAACAACAUUUGAGCAUUAAGGCCUACAGUGUGAACAACGUUUUACUUGUCAUCUAUUGUGUUGAAUGUUUGUUGCAGUUGUGGAUCUUUGAACCAGCCCUGCAACCCCUCUCCCCCAACCCAGUCUGCACUUUAAUAAAAGGUCCAUCCUACUGAUCUGCUGUACUGAUGUGAACACCGGGAAAACCAUUUUACCCUUGAAGGAUUCUCUUGAAGUGGAGACUUUGUCUUAAAGGAUUGGUGUUUUUUUCCCACAACACCAAGUAAGAGCUUUCUUUUGUUAGCGCUGAUUAGCAGAAACUUGUAAUCUUCUGAUUAAAAACAAGAAAUACUGUUUUCAUUUUGUAGUGUUUGGUUUUGAAAGCCCCUCAUCGGUCAUCUGUGUUGUCUUCUACAGCCUUUCCAACAUUAGUACUUCAGGACAAUUGCAUAUUAAAAUUCAAACCAUAUCAGAAAUUAUGAAAUGGAUGAGAAUUUCAUCUCACCAUUAUCCUAAUUUAGACUAAAGAAUUCUGAUAGGAACUCAUGUCAUAUUCACAUAACUGGUUAAUUAACACUGACUGAAUAUUUGACGGGCUGGAAUGUAAACUCCUAUGCACAGGCCUAGGGGACUGCAGUUGGAAGUUGCUGUAUUGAGCCAUUCAACUACUUCCUUCUGGGACAGAAUCAUUCCUAUUACUUACAAUGUACUAUGCUUUUCAAGUAUCAAGUUUCACCCAAGGUGGAUGUGAUUUCUGAAAGGAAAAGACAAAAAUCCACAAUUUGUUCAUAAGUUCAUUAAUCGCUUUAAGUAACUGUUGGACUGUUUUUUUAUGCAUGGCAACUCUCUUUCAGGGAGUGCUGGGUCGAGCUAGUUUGAGUUUAGCGUCAACUGGUUAUAUUGCCCUCCCACCACUUACAAAAUUUGAUAGAAAACAUAUUUUUCACAAAAUGUAUAUGGUAUGUACCACAAUCAAUUGGGCUGGUCCAUUGAGAGAGAAUAAUUACUUCAAGCGAUUUAUGUAGAAAACAUGUAGAUAUGUCGUUAUUCUACUUGAAAAGAAAACUGUGAUGGAGAAAAAUGUAACAGAGGCUCUUUACUUUGUCGCCCUAUAGAAACAAGAUGGGUUACAAAUAAACCACAACCUGCCAACA